AUGAGAGCAAUUGCGAUAGAAGCUGUCAACAACUCGGACCUGUCACGCAGAGCGGCAAUUGCAGCUUACGUUGCUGAGGAGAAUGGGGAAGCUGCUGUUAAACGUGUGAACGUAGUCAUUGGGCAACUCGAUGCCGCGGCUGAUGCUGCUCUGAAUAAAAAGAAAGAAAAUAGACGGCGUUCUCAUGAUGCUGCUGAUAUUCGUGUAAUAAAUACAAAGAAACUGUCACUGCUGCUGAUCUCUGGGCUGAGCACUGUGGUGGGGUCCAUCCAGAGAGUGUUGGUAAUCACUUGUUUCCUGUUAAUAAUAAUAAUAAUAAUAAUAAUAAUAAUAUAA